AUGCACCUUGCUCGCCUCGGAGUGUCCGCGCUUCAGUCACGCCGGUUGGCGCCGCGGACGUGGCUCGAGCUGUUCUGGCUCGCUGACGGAAACUACCAAGGCCCUGCCGGGCUCUCCAGCGUCAUCGUCGGCAUGUGGACGGCGAAGUCCUUCGUAUCCUCGACAUUCGUGAUUUUCUCCCUCACAUGCCUUACGGCGCUCGUCACCCCCAUCGUCCUCACCCGCGCUUAUCCCGUUUCCACCGUCGAUGUCCAGCAGCAUGUGACGGUCAUACCGAAUGCCAUGGCCCCCUCACGGCUGGAAGCUAUCGACGCGUAUGCCCAGCUGGCAAUCGGCUCGGGUGCAUGGACCAGCGGCAUGACGGUCGACGGCAUUUACAACACCAGUGUCUUCACGCCGGCGGGCGUCAAUCGGGACGGGAGCAGCACGAUCGAGGACUUCUUCUUCGCCGGAGACGUUUCGGGAGCAGACGUCAUCCUCCCUGGCAUACGGGUUCAGGGAUCGUGCAACAAAGUAGACGAGGAUCCAUUCAGUGCCGGCGAUACCGUCACGCCAAACUUGGUUUGCCAAGCAGGCUUCCCUGGUUGGAACGCGUCGCUGAGCGACGACUGGGGUCUCGGCAAGUUUAGGGUCACGCCCGCUGGAGGUGUCAAUGUGUCCGCGGUGUAUUGCAUGAACACCACCUGGGGUUCGAGCUGGACCGACACGCCAGACUCCACCGGUAUCACCGGCUACAUCUGGUUCGACGUCUCGAACGGGACGUUCCUGGACGUACCAGAUUCAGUGGAGACCACCGGGCUGGUGACAUGCCACACGAUGGUGUCGACUGGGAAUGCUCUACUGAACGGACGCCAAGGCACAUAUGAGUCCUUCAACGAAACGAUGUUGUACAACGCCAGCCAGGCCCAAAGUGGCGAGCCGCUCCUCCAACCCCUCUACGCCGCCAUCUGGAACCUGCAAAACACGGCCGACACGGACGAAGCUCAGGCGGCCGUGCUGGCCAUGCUCGACUACGUGGCGGACUACGAUGGCAGCGGCUCGGUGACCUACACCCAGCCUUCCGUCACCGGGCUUGCCGCGCAGAUGUGGAAGGGCGCGACGCACAUGGCCGCCGCCGUCAGCCUGGCCGCGCGCAGGACCGACCAAGUCUUUCCGGGGUUGCAAUAUGACACCGUGUCUGGGCGCAUACGCAACGACAUGCUCGCCGCGGUGUCCUUCGCCCUCCUUGGGCUUUGGGCACUUCUGCUCCUCUACUGCACUGUGCGGAUGUUCCGUCCUACGUUUGGUGACAGCCUCGCCAGCUACGUCCCUGCGCGUCUGGCGCUGGACAGACCGGAGUUGGUUGGCGCCGAGCGAUCUGGACAGUUGGCAGACAACGGGCUGCUGCGGAAGAAAUUCGGUUACGUUGACAAGACGUCCGCACAAGUGGUACCUCCACAUGUGCAGAAGUCAUAG